AUGGCAGAUCAGUAUUUUCAACCAUUAGUCAAAACUCUGGAUGAUCUUAUUAAUUUCUUGAAAAAUGAAGUGGACUCUUUGAAUAAAGAGAAAGAACUUAUAUCGAAAGAUUCUCAGUUGCUUAAAGACAUUCGCAGAAAUUUUUUCAAAGACAUCAGAGCAGUCAUAUGGCUAUGCCAGGAAGAAUUCGAAAAAUAUUUAAGUAUCGUCUCUUAUGAUAUAGAAAAUUUUGAAUUCCGAUUGAAAAUUUUUUCUCAAGACGAAAGCAAGCAAGAUGAAAUUGAAUCUGAAGAAAGUAUAAUUGAGAUUGUUUCAAGCAUUGAGUCUAUGAAUGUUGAACCUGAUAUUUCUGGAAGUGAUAAAGAACAGACAUCUGUAAUAAAAUCUACUAGUUCGAUUUUAGACGAUGCAUUAAAAUGGAGAGAUGAGUUGGUCACGUCGAUCAAAAAUGAUGUAAAACUUCUAGUUAAACUUCAAAAACAAGCUCUGCAGAUUGUUUCUACUUGUACAACAAACUUCUUCUGGUCUUCGGAGAAACGAAAAAAUGAGAACGAGAAAAUUGACAACAUUAUGAAUCAAAUAACGGAAUCCAGAAAUGAGCUGUUCUCCUUAUGUAGUCAAUCCUUGGAAAUAGAAUUUAAACAAAGAGAAGAAGAAGUUAAAAAUUUAAACUCUGAACUGUCCUAUUUACAACACAUUGGAAACAUAGAUAAUCUUAAAGUGAUUGAAGCCAAAAAUCUUAUGAUUCAUGGUAUUGAAGACCGAAACCUCGAAAUUCAGCAAAUGAAAAACACUUGCAAUGCUUGGAAAACGGAAAGUGAGCUCUUUCCUAUUGUUGCUACCUUUAUUGAUCAAAUGACAAACUCGCUAGAGAAAAGAAAAAGUGAAAUUCAACUUUUAAUAGAAGUUUUGGAACUUAUCGAAAGCGAAGGCGAUAUGAUUACUUUAUUUUAUUCUCCGGUUUUACAAGAACUUCUACAGAAAAACAAUACUGCCACUGAAAGAGUAGAACCUCAAAUUCUUCUUAUGAAAGAAAUCAAAAAUGAUGUGGAUAUUCAGUGCUCUAGAAUAACUAGUGCUUGUGAAAAACUCUAUUGCUCUUUGCUAGAAACAUUUAAAAUUGAAAUGGAGGCAAUAUGUUAUGAUAUCGAGAAACUUAGAAGGCAUCAUCAUGUUCCUGUCGAAAUCAUUGACUCCCACGUAAAUAUGCUGAGUCUGAUGCAAAUAAUUAUCUAUCUUAAUCCAAAAAUAAUAUAA